CUGUGACCUGACAGCUGGAUGAUUGCCACAAAUCUAGUCUUCCCUCCAGCACCUUCGACCUAGCAAACCCAACCAUUCCCUUCUGUCAACCAUUUUUUUGGCCUCACAUCGGCUGCUAGACGUCCGCAAGUGCAAAAGUCCAAAGUCCAGCCUCAGCCAUCUGAAGCACUUGGGAGCCCACCCAGCCAGGAUGAGCUGCAAUCGAGCAUUGCGGGGCAGCUGCCACUGCGGUCGAAACCAGUACCUCGUACGACUACCGAGCAAUGCAACUCACGAUGCUCAAAUCCUCUUCGACACAGACAGUGGACAUAGGAUCUCGACCGCGGCACCACUUUCUGCCUUUCUUCGCGUUCCACUCGAAUGGUAUCACAGCCAAACAUUCGCCUUCUUCCCGGAUGAGACGAGAUCGACUAUCAGAAGAACCUUCUCGCACCCUUCUGAACAGCAGGUGCAGCGAUACUUCUGCGGGUUCUGUUCUACCCCUCUAGCGACCUGGAGCGAGCAGCCGAGAAGCGAGGCAGACUACAUUCGCGUGACGCUUGGCAGUCUGCUUACACAGGAUCUACGUGACCUGGAAGACAUAGGCCUUAUUCCCGAUGAUUCCGAUGCGGAUGAGAUGGACAUUGUUCCUACACCUGCACCCGCCGCGGCCGCGACCUCAGAGACACAAUUAAUUGGGCGAGAGUUCCAAAGCAUCCCUUGGUUUGAGGCCAUGAUCCAGGGCAGUCGCCUGGGCAACAUGCGCACAAGUAAAGGCACACAGCAGAGCCAAGAUGGCAGAGUACGGGUCGAGUGGGAGAUCACUGAGUGGAGGGCCGACGAGGAUGACGCGGAAGAGGCCGAGGCAUCUGAGUCGUCGGCUACGGGUAAGAGAAAGCGAGGGGAGUCGGGCAGCUCUGCUGUCGGAGCUACUUCAUUGUGAUCUGAAGCUGGAGGUGGAUGGUUCAGUGGUCCGCAAAUCCGUGUUAUUACGGAUGUGACAUGUGGCUGUUUUGAAACGGCCUCGUGUAAACACAUUGCUCUUCUAUCAAGCCUCUUUAUCUUGAUUGAGCCGGCAGG